AUGAGUACACCCGGUAAUGUAGCCAUCAUUCCGGAACGUCCCGCCGAGAAUGGUUACUGGAAGAACGAAUGGCAGCAUGUUGCCGACGAGCUAAUCAACAUGCUUUUGACGCUACGUCAAGAUACCGAGGGUGGCUGGGAGGAUCGAGGCACUACCAAAGGCUGCGAAAUUGCCAUCUAUCCACGUAAACCCGACGAUGCCUUUUCUGUCAUGCCCAUGUUUCGCGGCAAGACGCAUGCAGCCGGCUUGACGCCGCUCGAAGUGUUCACAGGCAUACGUAUGACUGGCUUCCGCAUGAUGUGGGAUACUCGCGUCCAAUCGGCCCACAUCAUGCGUUCCUUUUCCAUGCACGAAUUCCUCUUCUACCUCGUAUGGCGUGGCAUUGGUCCCAUCUACAAGCCAAGGGACAUUUGCGGUAUCCAGGCACUACGAUGUUGGGAUGCGGCUGGAAACCUGCAGAGAAUUCCAGACUUUACCACCAACAGCUUGCUCCUAGGCUACCAGAGUCUAGACGAGGUCCCGGGCGUUCCAGCGGAAGUCGAGGGGUGCGUCAGAGCCAAGGUCUUUAAAGCCGCUUUCUACCUCGAGAGUCGCGACGGUGGCUGUGACAUCACCUACAUCGGGCACGUUGACCUCGCAACUGCAAUCCCGCACUAUAUCUUGACCACGCUUCAUAGCGAACUGCCAAAGUGCACCUUGCGCCUCAGGGAUAUGCUCAUUACCUUUGGCGUGCCUCCUGUGCUCAUCGACCGGCAAGGCAGGAUUGCACUCCAAUACCUUUCCUGCAAUCCGGAAUCACGGCAAGUAUCGCUCCAUGCGACUAUCAUGCAACCAGGCACUGUGCACCUCUAUCUAGAUUAUAACAAGAUGUUUACUCAAGGUGUUAUCAUCAGCAACGUAUUGGGCUCAGCAGCUGCCGCCGUAUCCGUGAGGGAGCAUUUUGGCACCGAAGACGGGCUCGAAAGACGUAUGCUGGCGCUCGAUCUCAUGCCCGAAGGCGUCAGUGGGGAGUUCAGGCUGAUUAUCGAUGCCGCGGAUAAGGAAGGACCCGAGUCGGGUACGGGACCAGGGUGGUGGUGA